AUGGGUCACCAGCAGCUGUACUGGAGCCAUCCGAGGAAAUUUGUCCAGCAUUCUCAUUCUUGCCGCGUCUGCUCAAACCGGCACGGUCUGAUCCAGAAAUACGGCCUCAAUAUAUGCCGCCAGUGUUUCCGUCAGUACACGAAGGAUAUAGGCUUCAUUAAGUUGGAUUAAGUGAACUUCCUUGAAUUGGUCAUCCAAGAUAACCUACCUUAACUGCAGAUAACCAAGAUAUCUACU